UGGUUAUUAUCGUGUAGGCUAGUGCGUUAUGAUUAACGUGAUGUAAGUGUCAACAUUUAAUGACCAAGGUUUUCGCUGGGUGGUAAUUUUGUCACACGUCGCACAACACAAAAACCACGAAUUAAAGUUUCAACCCAUGGUAGCAAGUCCUGAUCACUGAUCUGAAUAUGAAAAACACGAGUACUUGGAUUUGACAUAAAUUUUUUGUUACCGGUGUAUGAAGAAUUUCUACUUGUCUGUACAUAGUAGAACGUGGUGAUGGCUUCAAAGAUGCCGGAAAUGACUUAUUCUUGUGAAAUAUGUGGAGUUGAAGGAUUAAACGAAGAGGAGAUGCGUUCACAUAUGGUGGUGUACCAUUUAGAAGGUGCUGUUUCAUGUCCUUUUUGUGAUCUGGGUGAAGUGUCUGCAGAACAGUUGUUAAUGCACGUAAAUAGUGCUCAUUUGGACUAUUUAACCCCUGAACAAGAAUUGCUUGCAUUCAUUGAUGAUGAAGAUAUUGAUGGUAGGGAUGACUCUUGUGUUCCUUCAAGACCUUUGCCUUGGGAACUUUAUCCUGAACCAGGUACUGACAGUGCCAGUAGCUGCUGGGAAAAUAACAUUAACAACAACAAUAAUAACAAUAAUAAUUACUGUGGUGCAGGAAGGAGUACAGACCCUGAUCCAAGUCACAGCACUUGCACGGUGGCAUCCAGCAGCUCAGUUGCUGGCUCUGGUUCUCCCUUGCGUUCACAGUUAGCUUUAGAUCUACGAGCAAGUGCUUCACCUGGUCCAAACCCUGCUUGUAAAAAGUCCGUCCAACCACAACAGUGCCCCAUGUGUUCUUACACCAGUUUGGAUCCUCUGCAGCUUGAAGAACAUAUCAACAGGCAACAUUUUGAUCUGACGAGCCCAUCAUUCCCACCGGCAACACCACCUGGAUUGGAGGAAUCUGUGUACAGUUGUCCACUUUGUGUACGAACAUUUCAAAACAGUCCAGAUUUAGAACUGCAUGUAAACAUUGAACAUAAAGACAUUCUUAGCCCUGCAAAGCCACAGCAGCCUGUAAAUAGUGUGGAGAACUGGAGUGAUAGCUGUCCUGUAUGCUGUAUGACUAACUUCAAGAGCAAUCAGGAGAUGGUAGCCCAUAUUGAAGAACAUUUUAAUAAUAAGGGCUUGUCACCUAUUACUCCAGACAUGUCCUGUGAUCGGAUGUUGGCUCGAGAAAUAGAGAAGCGGGAAAGAGAGGUUCGCAGAUUACGUGAGCAACGAGAAUUUGAAAUGUUAAGGGCCCAAUAUGGAAUGGACAAUCAAGGGAACUUCAGAGAACAGAGUCUGACCAACAUGCAGAAAGCUGUGUAUGCAGGAGAAAUGUCUGUUUCUGAUUACUAUGAGAGACAAAUUGAACUUCGUGCAGCAGAAAGUAAUGGGGUUGAUGAUGGUAGCUCUUGCACAAAAGGUCUUGUUCCUAAGAUACGUGGUGUCAGUUCUUCUUCGGCAAAUGUAAUCAGAACAUACAUGUGUACCACUGUUGACCAUUAUGCCUCCACCUAUGGUGAUAAAGGCUGGGGCUGUGGCUACAGAAAUAUGCAGAUGAUGCUGUCUUCGUUGCUACAUCAUACAGGCUACAAUGAACAGCUGUAUAAGCCUUCUUUAGUUGGGGGUGGUCUCUAUGGGUUAGGUAACCGAUCCUGUGGUCUUGAGAUGCCUAGCCGUAGUGCCAUGCCAUCAAUCUCUCGUUUACAACAACAUAUUGAAUGGGCAUGGAGUCAGGGCUUUGAUCUCCAAGGGAGUGAACAGCUUGGUGGAAAACUCUUCAAUACACGAAAGUGGAUUGGAGCAACUGAAGUAGUCACAGUGCUUUCUUCCCUUAGGAUACGGUGUCAACUAGUAGACUUUCAUCGACCAACAAGUGCUGAUGGAAGUCAUCCUGAACUAUUUGGCUGGGUUUUGGAAUACUUUCAAAAGAAUGAAGAAUUCAAACCACCACUCUAUCUUCAGCAUCAAGGCCACAGCCGUACUAUAGUAGGUGUGGAACAGCUGAAAGAUGGAGGAAUAAAUCUCUUAGUGUUCGACCCCAGCCAUACACCACACCAAAUGGCUCAGUUUCAAAACACAUCAACUGCAGUAUCAGGCAUGCGCCUUAUACGGAAAUCCUUAGCUUCAAUGAAAGCUCGCCAGUACCAACUAGUAGCAGUAUGUGGUAUAAUGGAUACGGAACAUGAAUAUCAGCAAAGUAAAAUUCUGCGAUCAGUACGAGUCCCCCAAGAUCGAUGAUAACACCUAUUUUAUUAGGACUGCACCAAGGGUGUUAAAUUUGGUUUUGUACAAAGUUGUUUCAUACAAACUCUAUGAUCUCAUCAUCCGGAUAUUUAGAAACGAAACAUCUGACAGGGAUUAGUGAAAACAGUGAAUUAUGUGACAUGUUAGCGACAACAUCUGUGUACUUCCAGCGACUGCCAUUUGUAAAUAUAAUUUUAAAACGAUUGCCUUAGACUACUUUUUUCUUAUUUAUCAAAUGGGUACUAGGCCACAUUUUAAAAUGCCUUAUGUAUGUGAUUUUCUAGCUGUUUCUGGUAGUGUUGUUUGACAUUCAUUUAAAAUAUGGAAGCAAAGCAACAGCAACUAAUUUGAUGUCUGUGAUCUUUUCUUUGUUGAAUUGUGCAAAUGUGUACGUGUCAAGUAACUUCAAGAACAAGCUAUCAUUACUGUUAUCAAGAUCCUGAUAUCUGAAUUAAGGGGUGGAGUCAUCUACCAUUCUUUUAUGAGGUCUUAGUGACUUGUUUCAGGAUUGGUUCAUAGGAAAAUCAAAAAUGUUACUAAUGGUAUUUUCUGCAUCUGUUGUAAC